AAACUCUCAAUCUUGUUAAUUAAUCAAAUAAUUGCUUUUUAAUUUUCCAACUUUCUUCUGCCCGUCCAUCUGUUAUUCCUGUUCUUUUGUGACCUGGUUUUUCCCUAAAUUCUUUAAAUGUUGAUGCAAAUCAUUUUAUUUAAAUUCUCUCUCUUACCGUGACAGACAUUUAGGGCUAUGAAAUUUUCUCCACAUACCAUUUAAACCACAUCAUGGUAAUCUGAUGGGCCCUAAACCAUAAAUCUCCAAUAGUCAUGUUCUUUGUGUCUUUCACAGCAGUUAGUGUGCCCUUGGUGAGUGCCCAUUAGAUGUUUCCUGUGCUAAAAAAAUUAAUAAAUGAAACAUUUGAAUGUAUGCUUCAGUAUAUAAUCAAGCAAAAGAAUGAAAAAAAAAAUGACUGUCUAGGUUGCAGCACAACCCUGAGUCUUAAGCGCUGUCUCCUCACUAUGGUACUGUUGAGUUUUGUUUAUUUGCUCAAUCACUCCCAAAUACAAGUUUUUUUGGAUCAUGAAGUCUUAGAAUCCAUUAUCCUUUUCUUCCCCAUUUCUCAGAUCCACUCUCUGCCCUGGCCAUCUUUGUUUUGUUAGAAUGCAUAGUCCAAAAGUUCAACCACUUUGGUACUCCAAAUUCAUAUGCCCUUACUGUCCUUGAAAAAUUUUUGGAGGUAAAAGUUUUCAUUUUUAUGUCAUGAGUAAUUUCAAAUUUACAGGAAAAAAAUAGAGAACAAUAUAAUGAACACUAGUUUGUCCACCACCCAGUUAAUAGAUGAAAUCAAUUUUAAAACUUUUUUAGAUACUUUUCAAAUAUACACAGAGGUAGAGAGAAGGCAAGGAGAGUGAAUCUCCAUUUAUCAAUCACCCACCUUCAAUAAUCAUGGAUUUUUUUUUUUUUUUUUUUGCCAAUAAGUGGUACUGUUAACCACUCAAUUGCCCAAGCCAAAAAUCCAGUUACUAAAUUUUAAUCCUUUCUCCUGAUCUCUAGCUGGUCAAUACAGAGCCGUGUUAAUUUUUCUCAAUAUAUUCUAAAUGUCUCUCGGAAACAUUCACACUUCUUCAUUCCCACGGCCCCUACAUACUGUGGCACAGGCUACCAUCAUCUGUCACUCAGGUUACUGCAAAACCGUCCCUACUGGUUUACUCCUCUCGAAUUAGUUCUCCCUCUGUAAAUAAUGUGCCCUCUGCUCUUAAAAAUUAAUCAUGCAAUAAAAUUUACUUCUGGGGUGUGCAGUUCUAUGACUUCUAGCACAUGGAUUCAUAUAAUUACAACCACAAUCAGGAUACAGAACAGUUUCAUCACCCCCGACAAACUCCACUGUGUUAUCCCUUGAAGUUACCCCUUCCAAUUACCCCUUCCCUCCCUAUAACCCUUGGCAACUAUGGAUCUGUUCAUCAGUAAUGUGUCUUUUACAAUGUCCGUGUGCUCAUGUCACUCCCUUCCUUAAAAUGCUUCUUCGGCUUUCUAUUGUUGUAAGCCCUUUUCUAACUCUCAGGUCUCCUCUCACCACUUCUCAUCUCCCAUUCUCUGUCACUGUUUUUUUUCCAGCACAGUGUAAACUUUAAAAAAGUUUUAUUUUAUUGAAGUAUAGAUGCUUCACAAAGUGAUUUCGUUAUACACACUUUAAAAUAAAUUAAUAAAUGCAUUUUUGUGUACUAUGCCAUCUACUUCUUCACCAACAUGAGAUAUGUGUUUUAAUGGUUUCAGUUGCAGAAUAAACAUGGAGAAACAUUCACGUUUGGCGAUAAAAUCGUCUUACUCAGACUUGGUCAUCAAUGUAGGAAAAGUAACUCUUGGUGAAAGUAACAGAAAAAAGCUGCAGAAAGUUCAGAGAGAGAAAGAGAAGGUGAAAGUGAUCCAGGCUGCAUGUGCUUUAUUAAACUCAGGAGGAGGAGUGAUUCAACUGGAAAUGGCAAACAACGAUGAAAAUCUCGUGGAGAUGGGACUGGAUUUAGAAGCAGCUUUGAGAACACUUAUUCUGUUUUCAAAUCUGCAAGUUUUCUUCAAGACAAAGCAACAAGGGAAGUGUUACUACAUUUUUGUGAAGUCUUGGAGCACCGACACCUUCCUUGAAGACAUUUCUGUUAAGCCCCGCAUUUGUAGCCUGAGUUCUUCGUUAUACUGUAGAUCUGGCACUUCUGUGUUUCUCAUGGAUUCAGGAAAGGCAUUCAGUUUCCUGAAAACCAAGAAAACAAAUGCAAAAAGCUCAGGGAAAGAACCUUCUCGUGAAAUUUCCAAGGUUAUACAUCCAGACCUCCAUGACGUGGAUCCUACUUACUGUGUUUUUCAAAAAGACCAUUUUGAACGUGGUGAAGUCAUGCCUUUUCCCGAGUCUCAAUUCAUAGAGUUUAAGCAGUUUGCUACAAAACACAUUGAACAAUAUACGAAAGACACGAUUUUAGAGUAUAUCCCUGCAUUUGCAAACACUGAAGGAGGCUAUCUUGUUAUCGGUGUGGAUGAUAAAAGUAGGAAAGUUCUGGGAUGUCCUAAAGAAAAUGUUGACCGUGACUCUUUGAAAAAGAAAAUAGAAGAAGCAAUACAAAAGUUAUCUUGUGUCCAUUUUUGCCAAUGUCAGUGCCAGAUAGAUUUCACAGUCAAAAUCUUGGAUGUGUUAGACAAGGGAGAGUUAUAUGGCUAUGCUUGUGUGAUCGGAGUGAAGCGAUUCUGUGGUGCAGUGUUCUCAGGUGUUCCCAGUUCCUGGAUGGUGAAGGGUAAGGAUGUCUGCAGCCUGACAACUGAGGAAUGGCUAAGCAUGAUGGUAGAUACAGAUCCAGAUCUAAGGCAGCUGUGCAAAGACUUUGAAUCUCAGCUGAGCCUGUCUAACAGCCCUCCUCAGAGCAGACCAGUGUACUCCAAGAAAGGUCUGGAACAUAAGAAGGAUCUCCAACAACUUUUAUUUCCAGUGACACCAGGAUGUCUGAAAUACACCCCUGAAUCGCUCCAGAAGGAACUGUUCUUGCAGAAUGAAGGUUUGGAGGAAUUAAUAAAUAGGCAAAUAGACCCAUUCUCCCAGGGAAUUUUAAUCCUUUCUACAAGCUGGGCUGUGGACCUGAACUUGGAAGAGAAGCAAGGAGUCAUCUGUGAUGCUCUGCUGAUAGCGCAGAACAGGCCGCCCAUUCUCUACACCGUCCUCCGGGAGCAAGACGCAGAGGGGCAGUCCUAUUGCACUCGCGUCGCGUUCACGCUGAAGCAGAAGUUGGUGAACAUGGGAGGCUACACUGGAAAUCUGUGUAUCACGACCAAGGUCCUCCACCUGAGUCCCGAGCGCAGCGCAGAGUCCUCGGCGGGUUCAGGCUCUGUGAUUGAUUACCCCAGCUCCUAUCACCUAGCAGACACUCAGCAAAUGGAAGCUUUGCUUCAGUCGCUUGUGAUCGUCUUGCUUGGCUUCCGGUCUCUCUUGAGUGACCAGCUCGGCUGUGAGGUUUUAAAUCUGCUCACAGCCAAGCAGUAUAAGAUCUUCUCAAAAAACCUGCGCAAGAACAAAGAGUUGUUUAUCCAUGGCUUACCUGGCUCAGGGAAGACGAUCAUGGCCAUAAAGAUCAUGGAGAAGAUCAGGAACACAUUUCACUGUAAGACAAAUGAAAUUCUCUACAUUUGUGAGAACAAGCCUUUGAAGAAUUUUAUCAGGGACAAAAAUAUCUGCCAGGCAGUGACCCGGAAGAGCUUCAUGAAGUAUGACUUUACACACAUUCAACACAUCAUCAUCGAUGAAGCUCAGAAUUUCCGCUCUGAAGAUGGGAAUUGGUAUAGAAAGGCGAAAACCAUCACUCAGAGAGACACGGAUUGCCCAAGAAUUCUCUGGAUCUUUCUGGACUACUUUCAGACCAGCCACGUGGAGGACAUCGGCCUCCCUGCUCUCUCAGCCCAGUAUCCAAGGGAAGAGCUCACCAGAGUCGUACGCAAUGCAGAUCAAAUAGCCAGAUACCUACAACGUGUAUUGCAGAGGGUCAGGAAAAAUCCUCCACGUAACAUCCCUCAUGAGCCCCUGAAGAUGUGUCUUGAAGCUAAAUGGGCUCGGGAUGUUCAGGGAACCUUGAAUAUUAAGAAGGACUUAACUCUGAAUGCAAUAGUGAUGUAUGUGGCAGACACGUGCAAGCUUCUCUUUGAAAGGGGCUAUUCUCCCAAGGAUGUUGCUGUGCUUGUCAGCACCGCAAGAGAUGUGGAGAAAUACCAGCAGGAGCUCUUGAAAGCAAUGAGGAAGAAAGGGAUAGUGUGUCUCACCAAUGCGAGUGACGUGGGGGGUGAUCACAUUGUGUUGGACAGUGUCCGAAGAUUCUCAGGUCUGGAAAGGAACAUUGUGUUUGGGAUCCAUCCAAGCACCGUGAAGGCAGCUAUCUUAUAUAACAUUCUUGUCUGUCUGGCAUCCAGAGCGAAUCAACAGCUACAUAUUCUGUGGCAGCGUGACGUUUGAGAAGAAUUCCAAACCAAAACAGGAUGAGGUGAUUUGCUCUGUCAGUAUCCAUGGGUGGCAAUCUGACUGGUAUUGGAAGAAACUUCUUUUCCAUUCAUGGGUCAGCUAGAGAUUUGGGCAGAGCUGACAUACAGAAUCUAGAACUUCCCUCUCUGGCUCUCUCCUUUUAGGGAUUCCUCCCCAAACUACUUCUGACAGCUAUUGUCCCAAAUUCUGACUCUGAUUCUUCGACCAGAAUGAUAGUGGUUUUCUAAAGGAGCUUUAAUCACCCUGCAGAGCCCAGACUGUGACCUGCCCUUUGGCUAAAAGCCAUAAAAACAACACAUUCGUCCUGUGGUCAUUGUUUCUUCUAAGUCUGGACCCUCAUAGUGUAUUUUUUUAAAAAUUUGUCCAGGAUCUAUAGUUAAUCUGCAGAAGGAUGUUCUGGUUGGGACUACUUGACCACAUUAGAAGCAGAAUUCUUGUUUCCAGAAUUCUUGACAUUUCUCUGUGUUGCAUUGAUCCAGGAUUUGGGAGGUUCCCAAGAUAGUUCAGACAGCAACUGAGUGGGUCUUAAUAAUUUUUGGCAGAACAUAGAGGACUGUACAAUUAUUUAAUCCUUUAAAAUUGUAAGUUCCCUUUUUUUUGGUCCUCAGAAUAUCCUAGAUCAAGCUUUAAUAUGAUAGUAAGCAUUGAUUGUCACUUUACAAAGAAAUUAUAAGCCAAUAUAAAACAAAACUAGAGCCAUUUUCUCUUUCAGUGAGAGCAUUAGAGACCAAAAUCUGCUUCUAAAGGUGCACACGAGUCAUUAAGUAAAUAGAACUAGGAAAAAUACAGUCUUUACAGAGCAGCUUCUCAACUCUGCUCUACUUAAUGUUCUAUAACAUAUCAACUUAAAUUUUAAGUCAAGUAUAUUCUUGAACUAUAAUUUCCCCCUUUGCUUUUAUAUUUUGGUGGGCCAGUCUUAUGGACUGAAUGUUUGUGUCCUUCCAAAAUUCACAGAUUGAAGCCCUUAAUGUUUAGUGUGGAUAUAUUUGUAGAUUUGUAAGGAAGUCAUUAAGGUUAAAUGAGGUCAUAGGAUGGGGUCUUGAUCUCCUAAGAUUGGAGACCUUAUAAGAGACACCCAAGAGCUCUUUCUGUCUCUUUCUCUGUCCACACACAAACACAAGGUCAUGUGAACACAGAGAGAGAUGGUGGCCACUUUCAAGUCAAGAGAAGAGGCUCCAAGAUGAAACAACUCCUACUGACACCACGAUCUUAGAUUCCCAGCAUCUAGAACUUUGUGAAGUAAAUUUCUGUCCUUUAAGCCAUCCAGUCUGGGGCAUUUUGUUCUUACAGCCUGAGCAGACUAACAUAACCACAGAAUUAUUCUUCUAAUUAAAACACAUACUUAAUAAUGUUAGUGUUAGUUGCUCAGUCAUGUCUGACUCUUUGUGACCCCAUGGACUAUAGCUCACCAGGCUCCUCUAACCAUGGAAUUCUCCAGGCAAGAAUACUGGAGCGGGUAGCUAAUCCCUUCUCCAGGGGAUCUUUCUGACCCAGGGAUGGAACCCAGGCCUCCCACAUUGCAGGCAGAUUCUUCACCAUCUAAGCCACCAGGGAAGCCCUGCUACUUAAUAACGCUAAUGCAUUUCUUAUUUUUCUGUCCAUACAAAACAUCUGAAAAAUGUUUCUAGUCUAAAAAAUAACCAUAAAACAUUUGUACAACUAAUGGAAAUUUAAAACAUUACAUGACUAAUAUUCCACUUAUUACUAGUCCUAUUCUACUCCCCUUCUCCCAUAUUAUAAGUUGUGACUUUUUCUUUCUCCUGUCUCUGCUUGCACAUGGAAUUUCAUCCUCUUGACUUGAAACUGGAGGCUCUUCUAACUUCAGCAAAAUAAAGAAAAAGUGUUCUUUCUUUCUGAGUGCAUUAAAUCAGUUACAACACUGUACCAAAUAGUUAUCCUUGUAAAUGCUGUUUCUAAAAAAAUUGGUUUUGUAAGGUCCCUGGACUUGGAGUUGCAAUGUCUACAAAAGUAAUUCUUUUAAAGUCUAAUUCUGGAGCAAAGCCUGCCACCAUGUCCUGCCCACUGUCCACUGCACACAGUGGGGUUUCUCUCCAGAAACUUGCUUCAGGCCUGUAAACUCCCCCAUCCAUUAAACCAUUGGUUCUCUGUUGCUGA